AUGAAGCAAGUUUUUAGUGUCGAAGUUGGUCCCGAAGUUGAAGGAGAAACUCGAAUUCGUCGUUCAUAUUUAAGUCCAGAUGAAUUAUUGAGCACGCCAAAGAAAGGUAUCAAAACACUUUACGAUAUAGUACAACAUGGUGUUAAAAAAUACGGAUCGAAUAAAAAUGCGAUCGGUUAUAGAAAAGUUGUAAAAAUCGUCGAGGAAGAAAAAGAAAUCACAAAAAUUGUUGGAGACGUAGAAACAAAAGAAAAAAAAACAUGGAAAUAUUUUCAAUUGUCGGGUUAUAACUGGUUAACUUACAGUGAUUUUGAUAGGGAUAUUGGAAUGAUCGGUUCUGGUUUGCUUCAACUUGGAUUUGGGAAAUAUUCUAAAAUAACAGUCUAUGCUGCCACAAGUGUUAAUUGGAUGCUUAUGGCUCAUGGCUGUUUCACCCAAGGGAUGACAAUCGUAACAGCGUACGAUACACUUGGCGAAGAAGGUCUUGUUCAUUCAAUGAACGAAGCAGAAAUUCAUGGAAUGUUUACAAACGCAGAUUUACUUCCAAUGAUUAAAAAAAUCGCAAAAAAAUGUCCACUUCUUGAAUGUGUGAUCUACGAUGGUGAACCAAAAGAGGGGAUUAUAGAAGAAUUAGCUCACAUUUAUCUAAAUAUUAGAUUCUUGUCGAUAGAUGAACUAAAGAACUUGAGCAGAAAUUCUCCAAUAAAAUAUAACCCACCAGGACCUCAAGAUUUAUGUUGUAUAAUGUACACUUCUGGAAGUACCGGUAAUCCAAAAGGUGUCUUAUUGACUCACGCUAAUAUAGUUUCAGCAGUUAGUGGUGCCGGUAAAUUAAUUGGACCUUUAAUUCGUGAGGAUGAUGCACUUCUUGCAUAUCUCCCUCUUGCGCAUGUUCUUGAAUUUGUUGUAGAGCAUUUAUGUCUUUGGUGGGGUGUUCCCAUGGGCUAUGGAAGCAUUCGUACAUUAACAGAUUCCUCUGUAAGAAAUUGUCAAGGUGAUUUGCGCGAAUUGAGACCAACUAUAAUGACUGGCGUGCCGGCCGUUUGGGAAUCGAUCAGAAAAGGUGUUAUUACAAAAGUUCAAGAAGGUGGACCAACUAUUCAAAAAAUGUUUAAAGCUGCUUUUAAAGCCAAGGGGUGGUUAAAGAGCAAAUAUUUGCCCACCAAGCUUGUUGAUCUUUUGAUAUUCAAUAAAAUUAAACUAGUGACCGGUGGAAGGUUAAGAUUUGCUUUAUCUGGUGGUGCGCCGAUUUCUAAAGAGACGCAAGUGUUUUUAUGUACAACGUUAUGUCCAAUAUUACAAGGUUAUGGCAUGACCGAAACUUGCGGUAUGUGUACUAUUCUUACUUUAGACCAAUUUUCUUAUGGCAGCGUUGGAGCACCAGUACCAUGCACAGAAAUAAAAUUGGUCGAUGUACCAGCAGCUGGCUAUAAAGCUACAAAUUUACAAGGAGAAAUUUGGAUUCGUGGUCCUGUUGUCACUUCAGGUUACUACAAAAACGAUAAGGCGACCAAAGAAACGUUUACCGAUGAUGGAUGGCUUCGAACUGGUGAUAUUGGAGAAUGGAGAUCAGACGGGACUUUAAAUAUCAUUGACAGAGUGAAAAAUUUGGUAAAGCUUUCUCAUGGUGAAUACAUUGCUCUCGAAAAGCUAGAAUCUGUUUAUAAAUCCGCGAUUUAUGUAUCAAAUAUCUGCGUUUAUGCUGAUUCAUUUCAAGCACGUCCAGUUGCUUUGAUUAUUCCUGUUGAAGCUCAAAUUAAAAAACUUGCAAUCGAAAAAAAUAUUCACGGUUCAAGUUUUGAAGAGUUAUGUAAAAACAAAGAAAUCACUAAUGUUGUACUCCAAGCAUGUACUGCAGAAGCAAAGAAAGCAGACUUUAAACCAGCCGAAUUUUUAUCUGCAAUUACGCUAAUGAGUGAUGAAUGGACUGCACAAAAUGGUCUUGUGACUGCAGCUUUGAAAAUCAAACGUAAAGAUAUUCAACAAAAAUAUCAGCACGAUAUCGAUGUGAUGUAUGGUAAAAAAUAA